CCAAUAUUGAGGUUCUUCUGGCUUUGGAUCAAGAACUUUUUGUUCUUCAAGGAUUUUAACUGAAUUAUUUGUUGCUUUUAUCCAUUCCUAAUGCAUUUUUAAAAUUGUCCUACUGUCAUAGUAGAUGUUUGAUUGUUUUAGUGUGACUUUUUUGGGUAACUUUCUUUAACUAGCAGAGCAGACUAUAAAUGCUAUAAAUAAUAAAACAUCUUGUGUUGGCUGGAGUGGACCCUGCAGGACUGUUGUCUGCCUCUCUGAGAAUUUCCUGAGUUGGCUGUUUAGUAGCAAGGGCUGCUGCUAUAGGGUCUGUGCUGAUGGAUUGUGAAGUAGUUCUGAACUGUCUGGUUAGUCUGAAAACCAAGAACAUGUAAUGCAGUGGCUGGUGCUUGACUCUGGCUCUCUUUAUUCUGUUCUAGCAUAUAAAGCAAAUAUUAAUGUUGCUUACAGUGCCUGGUUUACUUGAGAAGGAUCUUUUGAUGAGUGAUGUAUAUCUGCACUCACUUUCCUGUUAAGUGUUGUUGCAAGAGCUGCCAAAUUUUAAAGUGUUGAGUCAUUCCCCAAUGUCUGAUGCCUCCAUCACCUUCGAAUGCAAGCCACAGUCCCCUUUUGCUGACAGCACAGAUCAGGAAGAUUUGCAUGACCUAGUGACAAUCUCUGAAUUGGCCAGCGUGAGCCUGGCCCAAAAGGACCAGGAGGAUGUGGUACCAGUGGAGGUACCCAAUGAGAUUGUGCAGAACAUAGUGACUUCCCAUAAUGGGAUGCAGGAUGACGGAGGCGGGGGCACUGGAGUGAAGAAGAAACGGAAGAAAAAAGAGCCAGGGCAGCAGGAACCAGGUGGUGAAAGAGAAGCAAAACCAAAGAGAAAGAGAGAGCCUAAGGAACCAAAAGAACCCAAAAAGCCCAAGGAGCCUAAAAAGCCCAAGGAGCCCAAACAGGAAGGGUCCAAGAAACCCAGGAAACCACGGGAGCCUAAAGUCCCGAAAGAGCCUAAAGAGAAGAAGAGCAGCUCAGAAUCUCCCCCCAAAACAAAGCCCAAGAAGGCCAGCACGGAGCAAGGACCAACUCCUGUUGAAAAGAAGAAAAAAGGGAAGAGGAAAAAUGACACUCCAGUGGACAGUCUAGACCUGGAUCAAAGCCUUCUCUCACUUUCUGGGCAGAGCCCUGAGGAGUCUGCAGAAUCAGCUGACAGCCAGAAGCGCCGUUCUGGACGCCAAGUGAAGCGCAGGAAGUACAAUGAGGACCUGGAUUUCAAAGUGGUGGAUGAUGAUGGUGAAACAAUAGCUGUACUAGGAGCUGGCCGGGCUUCUGCACUCUCUGCAUCUACCUUGGCCUGGCAGGCAGAGGAGCCCCCCGAGGAUGAUGCCAACAUCAUUGAGAGAAUCCUUGCCUCCAGGAUGGUCCAAAAGGAGAGUUAUCCUGGAGGAGCAACUUACGAACUGGAGGAGUUCUACGUAAAAUACCGUAACUUCUCUUACUUGCACUGUAAAUGGGCUACAAUGGAGGAGCUGGAGAAAGACCCACGAAUUUCCCAGAAGAUUAAACGGUUCCGAAAUAAACAAGCCCAGAUGAAGCACAUUUUCACAGAGCCUGAUGAAGAUUUGUUCAACCCAGACUAUGUGGAAGUUGAUAGAAUCUUGGAGGUGGCUCAUACAAAGGACUCCGACACUGGGGAGGAGGUGACUCACUUCCUGGUGAAGUGGUGCUCCUUGCCUUAUGAGGAGAGCACUUGGGAGCUAGAGGAAGAUGUCGACCCUGGGAAGAUCAAAGAGUUUGAGUCUCUGCAAAUCCCACCUGAGAGUAGGUCCUUGGAACGUCCUGCAUCUGAGUCUUGGCAAAAGCUGGAGCGGUCUCGGGACUAUAAGAACAACAACCAAUUGAGGGAGUACCAGCUGGAGGGCAUGAACUGGUUGCUUUUUAACUGGUAUAAUAGGAAAAACUGCAUUCUGGCUGAUGAAAUGGGUUUGGGAAAGACCAUCCAGUCCAUAACAUUCCUCUCAGAGAUUUACCUGAUGGGUCUUCGAGGUCCAUUCCUCAUCAUUGCACCACUCUCUACCAUCACAAACUGGGAGCGGGAGUUCCGCACGUGGACAGAGAUGAAUGCCAUUGUGUACCAUGGUAGCCAGAUAAGCCGCCAAAUGAUCCAUCAGUAUGAGAUGGUGUAUCGGGAUGCUCAGGGAAAUCCUCUUCCAGGGCUUUUCAAAUUCCAUGUAGUCAUCACCACCUUUGAGAUGAUCCUGGCUGACUGCCCAGAGUUGAAGAAGAUCCAGUGGCGCUGUGUGGUCAUUGAUGAGGCUCAUCGGCUUAAGAACAGGAACUGCAAAUUACUAGAAGGACUGAAGCUCAUGUGUUUGGAACACAAAGUGCUACUGACUGGGACACCCUUGCAGAACUCAGUAGAGGAACUUUUCAGCCUGCUCAACUUCUUGGAGCCUCAGCAGUUCCCAUCUGAGACAGCCUUCUUGGAGGAAUUUGGGGACCUCAAGACAGAGGAGCAGGUGAAGAAGCUCCAGUCUCUCCUGAAACCCAUGAUGCUGCGACGGCUGAAGGAUGAUGUGGAGAAGAAUCUAGCUCCCAAACAGGAGACAAUAAUUGAGGUAGAGCUGACCAACAUCCAGAAGAAAUACUAUCGGGCCAUCCUGGAGAAGAAUUUCAGCUUCCUAUCCAAGGGUGCUAACCAGCACAACAUGCCCAACCUCAUCAAUACCAUGAUGGAGCUGCGCAAGUGCUGCAACCAUCCCUACCUCAUCAAUGGGGCAGAGGAGAAGAUCCUGGAGGAUUUCCGUAAAACGCACAGCCCAGAUGCUCCUGACUUCCAGCUCCAGGCGAUGAUCCAGGCAGCAGGCAAGCUGGUGUUGAUUGAUAAGCUGCUGCCGAAGCUGAUUGCAGGCGGGCACAAGGUGCUGAUCUUCUCCCAGAUGGUGCGCUGCCUUGAUAUCCUGGAGGAUUAUCUCAUCCAGAGGCGAUACACCUAUGAACGUAUUGAUGGGAGGGUGCGUGGGAAUUUACGCCAGGCUGCCAUCGACCGCUUCUGCAAGCCGGAUUCAGACCGCUUUGUCUUUUUGCUCUGUACACGGGCUGGGGGGCUGGGUAUCAAUCUUACUGCUGCUGACACCUGCAUCAUCUUUGAUUCAGAUUGGAAUCCACAGAAUGACCUGCAGGCACAGGCUCGCUGUCAUCGGAUAGGGCAAAGCAAGGCAGUGAAGGUCUAUCGUCUUAUCACCAGGAAUUCCUAUGAACGGGAGAUGUUUGACAAGGCAAGCUUGAAGCUAGGAUUAGACAAAGCAGUGCUGCAGGACAUCAACCGGAAGGGGAGCAACAACGGGGUACAGCAGCUCUCCAAGAUGGAGGUUGAAGACUUGCUGCGAAAAGGAGCUUAUGGGGCUCUGAUGGAUGAGGAAGAUGAAGGCUCUAAGUUCUGUGAGGAAGAUAUUGACCAAAUCCUGCAACGCAGAACCCAGACCAUCACUAUCCAGACUGAAGGAAAAGGGUCCACAUUUUCCAAGGCCAGCUUUAUUGCUUCUGGAAACAGAACAGAUAUCUCAUUAGAUGAUCCCAACUUCUGGCAGAAAUGGGCAAAAAUAGCAGAGCUGGAUACAGAUGCAAAGAAUGAAAAGGAGAGCCUUGUGAUUGAUAGGCCCCGUGUCCGCAAACAGACCAAGCACUACAAUUCCUUUGAGGAGGAUGAGCUUAUGGAGUUUUCUGAGCUAGAUAGUGACUCUGAUGAGCGGCCCACUCGCUCACGGCGUCUCAAUGAACGAACACGUCGCUACUUAAGGGCAGAGUGUUUUCGUGUGGAGAAGAAUCUACUUAUAUUUGGUUGGGGGCGCUGGAAAGACAUCUUGACCCAUGGACGAUUUAAAUGGCAUCUUAAUGAGAAAGAUAUGGAAAUGAUCUGUCGAGCGCUCCUGGUCUACUGUGUCAGACAUUAUAAGGGAGAUGAGAAAAUUAAGAGUUUUAUCUGGGAUUUGAUCACUCCAACAAAGGAUGGACAGAACCAGGCCCUGCAGAACCAUUCAGGCUUAUCGGCACCAGUGCCAAGAGGAAGGAAGGGGAAGAAAACAAAGAGCCAGAUGCUGCUCCCUGAGAUCAAGAAUGCAGACUGGCUCACCACCUGCAAUCCUGAGAUCAUUCUACAUGAUGACAGCUACAAGAAGCACCUAAAACAACAUUGCAACAAGGUGUUGUUACGAGUGCGGAUGCUUUAUUACUUGAAAGCAGAAGUGCUGGGGGAGGCAGCUGACAAAGCCUUUGAAGGAACCCCUGCCAAAGAUCUGGAUUUCCUUCUGCCAGACAUUGACUAUGUGGAGAUUCCUGUUGAUUGGUGGAAUGCUGAUGCAGACAAAUCUCUGCUUAUUGGAGUUUUCAAACAUGGUUACGAACGGUACAAUGCUAUGCGAGCUGACCCAGCUCUGUGCUUCCUUGAGAAAGUGGGCAUGCCAGAUGAGAAGCUGCUGUCUGCAGAGCAGAGUGCCAUUGAUGGAGUGCAGGAGGCUCCAGAAAGGACAACAGAGGAUAAAGAAGAGAACAGUGCAGAGAAGCUAGAAGGGCUGCCGAAACAAGAGGAAACUUCAGAUAUAUGUGGUGAAGUCACUGAGAAGAAGGAUGACAAUGUGGCAGCCCAGGAUGGCUCUGACCCAGACAAAUCCAGCUGGCCUGUGUCAUCUGCCCUCACAGCUAGACUGCGGCGUCUUGUCACUGUCUAUCAGCGCUGCAACCGUAAAGAGCUUCCUUCUAGGCCUGAGAUCAUGGGGCCUUGUAACCAUGGCUAUUGGCUGCAAGAGGAGAUGUUUAGGAGGGCCAACGAGAUGGAUCCCAUGAACAAGGAAAUGCAGAAAAGGUGGACCAGAAGAGAGCAAGCAGAUUUCUACCGCACAGUCUCUUCAUUUGGGGUUGUUUAUGAUCCAGAAAAGAAAAUCUUUGAGUGGAAUCAGUUCCGAUCCAUUUCACAUUUGGAAAAGAAAAGUGAUGAGAGCCUUGAAAAAUAUUUCUACAGCUUUGUUGCCAUGUGCAGGAAUGUCUGUCGCUUGCCCCACUGGAAAGAAGAUGGCGCAGCAGAUCCUAGUAUCUAUGUGGAGCCAAUCACAGAGGAACGUGCUGCAAGGACACUGUAUCGAAUUGAGCUCCUACGGAAGGUCCGUGAGCAAGUGCUGAGGUGUCCACAGUUGCACGAACGGCUUAAACUUUGCCGUCCUAGCCUGUAUCUUCCUGUGUGGUGGGAGUGUGGUAAGCAUGACCGAGAUCUCCUCAUUGGUAUGGCUAAACAUGGGCUGAACCGCACAGACUAUUACAUCAUGAAUGACCCCCAGCUGUCAUUUUUGGAUGCCUACAGAAACUAUGCCCAACACAAAAGGACCAGUGUUGUUGGAACAGAAAACUUGUGUUGCCACCAUCAGGCAAAUUCUAAGCUAUAUUGCUCCCCUUCGUACAGUCAAGUGGAAAGAAGGUGUACAUCUGCAGAGGCAGAGACAGAAAGCUGUAUGAAGCUAGUGAGCUCAGGCAACAGUCUUUCACAGGCAGAAAACAUCUCUCAGGAUGGCAGCUGUGAAAACUUCAUGUCUAAAGUCAGGGGUAUGAUUUCCAUGAACUAUGAUGAGAGCUCCAUGCCUGACUCUCUGAUGUGCAUGAUGUAUGAUGACAAGGCCUGCAAUAGUGAGCACAGCUCCCUAGCCCGUGAUAGCCCCAGCUGUACCGAUAUCAGCAGCAAUACUACCAAAUUGGCAGACGGAAAAAUAGAAGGAGAAGAAGACCUCUCUAGCUGCGAUACUGAGAUAACAAGAGAGCCUGCUUACCUGAAUCAUUUGCAGUUUGUCAGUGAGCAAAUGGAGGGCCAGAAUGCAGUGCAGGAGCCUUUAGACAAGGAGACAAAGCUCUCCAAGGGCUUUACUGUGGAACCUUGUAGCGCCCUACAAAUGGAGAGUCAAUAUGCCAGUCCACCAUCAGUCCCAUUUGAAAGAGAUGGCAUGGAAGGGGUCCUGAGCAUCGGAGUUUACAGCCCCGGUCUUCAUAACUUCAAUAUUAAAGAGAAGAGAUUCAUGGAUUUAUUGCAUGAAAAGGGCAUGGAGGAUAAAUCAGUGCAAAGUCAGAGCCACAGUGAAGAGGAGGAAGAGGAGGAGGAGGAAGAGGAGGAGGAAGAUCAUCUUGAGGCAGCAGCUGACACGGUGGAAGAUUUGACAGGUUGCCUAAAAACCCCAGAGGUAGAUGAAACCAGUCCUCAUACACAAGGGGAGCAGAAGCAUGCUUCAUGUAUUCUUACCACUCUGGAUGCAGUCAUGGAAGAGAGAAAUAAGGAGCUGGUGGAAUCUAUCUCAAGUGAGCAGGCAGCAUCCAAAUGUAAUAGUGACCCUGGGCUGGGGGAAGAUGAUCAAGCUGAAUGUGAGAGCCUUGAGGAACACACCCCAACCCUGUCAGAGAUCCAGACAUGCCAUCACUACCAUCACCAUCACCACCACGACCAUCACCACCAUUCUGUACGAAGUCGGACUUCAGCGAUACAGAUGGAGCUUCUUAAGUCACAUCCUGUUUGCAUGGAGGCAGACCCCUGGGGAGAUGAUACUGAGGAGAAAAGAGCUAGUCCUGUAGGUCAGACCCUGUCUCAGAAUGAAAUAAAGAGAGAAGAGUGUGAGAAUCAAGACUUACAGAAGAUGCAGGGAAUCAGCCAAAAUCAAGAUUGUUUUGAGAAACCAGCCCAAGAUGAAAGUAAGAGCUCUGCAUUUGCUGUGCCUGGAGAGAUGGAUGAACUUCAGGAUGCCCGAGCGCCUACCAUAGCUCAACUGCUGCAGGAGAAGACACUCUACUCUUUCUCAGAGUGGCCUAAGGAUCGAGUGAUCAUUAAUCGUAUAGACAACAUCUGUCAUGCCAUCUUGAAAGGCAAGUGGCCUUCAUCCAGCCAGCCAUUUGAAAUACAAAGCUUGAUACCUGCUCCUUCGUUAUCCAGCAAUACUGCUGGUAACAGGAACAGCUACACUGAGCCAGAGGCCUCUGAAACUAACUUCAGCAAUGGAGUGAUAACUGCACAGGUCGAAAAGGAAGAUUUCUUGGCUCCCACUUUUGUCAAAGAGGAACACAAGCACCGGCAACCGUAUGAAUUUGAGAUGGAGAGAGAUGCCAAGCAGCGGAACCUUGAACAGUUAGUUACAUCCCACGCCCAUCCUUCAAUUGUGUUGAAUGGCUGGCGUGAUGCUGCAGUGGACCUCUCAAGGGUGCCUGAUGGAUCCCAAGCAAGCAGCCCUCCUUUCUCUCUGAGCACAAGCAUACCUAAGUUAGGGACAGUGAAUGCCCUACAGGGCUCUCUUGGCAUGGAUCUGUCUGGUAUCCUUCAAGCAGGGUUAAUUCAUCCUGUCACAGGACAGAUCGUCAAUGGGAGUCUACGAAGAGAUGAUGCUGCCAUGAGGAGAAGACGGGGCAGGAGAAAAAAUGUGGAAGGAAUAGACCUUAUAUUUGUGAAUGAGAGAAGCCUGCCAACGGGGCUGCCAGAAGAUCAAACCCAGACUGUACUGAGUAAUCCUAACCCUGAUGGGCCAGCUGUUACUACCUCAAGUCAACAGACAGCACCAGCUACUAAUGUCCAGCCAGAAAAGAUUGUUCCAAACAAGAGUCUUCUGGACUGGCUGAGACAACAGUCUGACUAUACGCUUGAAAUCCCUGGUUUUGGCGCAAAUUUUUCAGAAAAGCCUAAACAAAGAAGGCAACGCUGUAAGGACCCAAGCAAAUUAGACAUAAAUUCUCUCACAGGAGAGGAACGAGUGCCUGUGGUCCAUAAGGGUACAGGACGGAGGUUAGGGGGAGCUAUGGCACCAGCACUGAAGGAACUGCCAAGGUGGCUUGAUGCAAACAUGGAGUAUGCUGUUGCAGCUGACUGGUCUGAUAUUGUUAAGCUUUCGGGCUUUUUACCUGAAAGCAAGUUCAAUCGGAUUCUCACUGAGCCUGUACUCCGAGAUGCUGGACCUCGGAGGAGAGGACGGAGGCCAAGAAGUGAACUGUUUAAAACUCCUGGCAUAGUAGCAGAUGCUUCUUCUGGAAUGGGACCAUUAUUCAUGAAUGGACUUAUUGCUGGGAUGGAUUUAGUAGGACUUCAGAGUAUGAGAAACAUGCAAGGCAUUCCUUUAACUGGGUUAGUUGGGUUUCCUGCUGGAUUUGCAGCAAUACCUGCUGGUGAGGAUGUCAAAAGCACUCUGAGCAUGUUGCCAAUGAUGUUGCCAAGCAUGGCUGCUGUACCACAAAUGUUUGGUGUUGGUGGACUUCUCAAUCCAUCAGUGACAACUACUUGUACAUCAACUGUUCCAGCUUCAUUAGCAAGCACAACUAAAAGUGGUACUUUGCAUGCAGAAAAAGAUGGUGAAAGCCAGAGUGGCCAAAGUGCAAAAACGGAAACACUUUCUGAAAACAAGUCAGAUCCUAGUUCGUUUUCUGAUCAGUCAGAACCUGCAAUAACUACCAGUAGUCCUGUAGCUUUUAACCCAUUUCUUAUUCCAGGAAUGUCAUCUGGACUGAUCUAUCCCUCAAUGUUUCUUUCUCCUGGUAUUGGCAUGACAUUGCCAGGCCUUCAGCAAACUAGACAUUCAGAGGCAACAAAUCUAGAAAACCAGAAACGGAAGAGAAAGAAAACUAAAGGGGAAUUAGCAAAUCCAGAACCAGAAACUCUCUUGCUGUCUGACAAGGAACAUGCAGCAAACAAUCAAAACUGUAAAGAACAAACACCAUCUGUGUCAGCAGAAAAUGAACAUGAUGUACCAGCAGAGGAGGAGGAGGAGGAGGAGUUAAAAGAAAUUACAGAUAUCAAUUAGAACUUUUGAUUCUUUCUUGAAAAAAAUAAUAUUGUGGCUUGUAAGUUUCUCAUCCCAUAAAUAUUUGUUACUGCCCUCUGUCCCUUCACCUUCAUAAAAACCUGUGUUUCUAGAA